AGCGCGGAGAAGCGCGGAGCGGGGACGGCGGCGGCCGCAGCCCUGCACAACCCCGGGGGGCCGCCGCCGAGAGAGAGAGAGAGACCCCCCCCGGCCAAAGCCGCCGUCCCGUUCCGCUCCCCCCCCCCCAAAAAACCGGCGGAGGAGAGGCGUGAGGGCUCGCCGGCAGCAUGCCGCUGGUGAAGAGGAAUAUCGAGCCCCGGCAUCUAUGCCGGGGGGCUCUUCCUGAGGGGGUGACGAGUGAGCUGGAAUGUGUCACCAACAGCACGUUGGCUGCCAUCAUCAAGCAGCUGGGCAGCCUCAGCAGGCACGCGGAGGACAUCUUCGGCGAGCUGUUCAACGAAGCCAACAGCUUCUACAUGCGGAUGAACUCGUUGCAGGAGAGGGUCGACCUGCUGGUCAUCAAGGUGACGCAGCUGGACUCCACUGUGGAGGAAGUUUCGCUGCAGGACAUCAACAUGCGGAAAGCCUUCAAGAGCUCCACGGUGCAGAACCAGCAGGUCGUGUCUCGCAACUCCAUCCCCAACCCGGUGAUGGAGAUGUACCAGCGCUGCGACAAGCCCCCGCCGCUCAACAUCCUCACGCCCUACAGAGAUGACAAAAAGGACGGCCUCAAGUUCUACACCGACCCCUCCUACUUCUUCAACUUAUGGAAAGAGAAAAUGUUGCAGGCGACAGAAGAUAAGAGAAAGGAGAAGCGCAGGCAGAAGGAGCAGCGGCUGGUGGAGGAUUCCACCCGGGAGGUGAAGAAAGUGAGGAAAGCCCGCAACCGGCGCCUGGAGUGGAACAUGAUGGCGUAUGAUAAAGAGUUCCGACCCGAUAACAGGUUCUCACCAUCCCCCUAUCACAUGGCAUCAUCGGAAGGAUCACUGUCCCCAGAUAAUAGAUCUUACGCGUCGGACGCGGCCGACCACUCGUACCCGGCGAGCCCCAACCACCCCGCACAGCUGCUGGCCCCGGCGUCCCACCUGGCCCCGGCGGAGCACAAGGAGGGGGUGCUGGCAGCCGCCCCCCCCCAGGAGCAUGUCUACCGCCCGGCGCCGGCAGCGGGCAGCCGGCAGAACAGCCUCAACCGCCUCCAGCAGCCCCACGCGCCGCAGCCGCCCGAGGCCAUCCUCAACGGGCCAAGACCUCACUUAGUCAAGGAUUACGGCCCGCAGCCGGUGCCGAUGGCAGAGUACUUCGUGCCACCCGCCCCGCCGCCCCCGCCGCCCGUCAUCCCCUCCGCGCAGACCGCCUUCGACAGCCCCAUUUCGGCUCCCCCCGCGCUGGCCCCCGGCUCGGCCGCCCCCCCCUCCUACGCGCCCUCACCGCCCCCCGCGCCCCCCGGCCCCUACUCCGCUUCCCCACCUCAGGCCGGCCCCAUGGGACCCCCGGUGGCACCCCCACCGCCACCGCCGGGACCCCCCGCGGUCGCCGCCUCGCCGGCACACUCGGCAUCGCCGCCGGCCCCCGCUGUGGAGCCUCGGAAGCCGCAGAUCCCGCUGAUGCCCAUGAGCGAUGCCCGGAGCGACCUGCUGGCAGCCAUCCGCAGGGGAAUCCAACUCCGGAAAGUCCAGGAGCAGUGGGAACAAGAGGCCAAAAAAGAGCCCGUGGGCAAUGACGUGGCGACGAUCCUGUCCCGCCGGAUCGCGGUGGAGUACAGCGAGUCCGACGACGACUCCGAGCUGGACGAUAACGAGUGGUCGGACUGAGGGGCCCCGGGGCUGGGCUGGCGCGGAGCUCCCCGGCUCCGUACCAGGUGUGUAUAGGCGCCUUCCCCAGCGUCGAUGCCAACAAGCGCGGGCGGCCCCGCUCGUUCAGGAGCUUUGCUUUUACACUAUGUCAAAAACCCUUUGGGCAGCAGCAGCACUGGUAGGAUACACCUCGGAGGCAGUGAGACCAGAAAUUAGCAGCACCUUCACGUUUAAUGACUUCAAAAAUGCUCUGGAGGCAGGUUAAUAGGAUUACUCCAGAUUUACACCUGGAGCGAGACCAGAGACUGGCCCUGAGCGUGCUUUGCUGGAGAAGGGAAACCCAGAGGCUGUAGCGCUUUUUCACCUAAAUGUUAAACACGUUAACGAAAAGCUCCUGGAGAAGCAGCCUGUUUGCACAGCUGGUGCCACGGCGGGCGCGCAGGGGCGGCCGGGCACCGGGUUUGGGGAUGCUCUGCUGCCUGCAUUCGUAGAAUCAGGCAGCUCCAAAGGCUGCCUGUGGGCAGGAGCCUCCUUCCCCAUAGAGCGAUGCACCACGUUUUACGGCAGUCGCGUAGGGAUGGUCACCGUCGUGCUGGUGCUCCCUGGAGAAGACCGAGGCGCUGGUGACCUGAGCCCGUUUCCAUCCUUAGGACCAGUUUUUCUGGGAGAAAAGGGUGAAGGCAAGGCUUGUGAAGCUGGCAGGGAGGCACAGCGCUUGUCUAGGCUUUGAAAGGUGCAAUGUGUGCUGUCCUCAGGGGGGAAAGGGGCUGCUGGCAAGGGAGCAGAGGUGUCCAGGGAGCUUCCCCAAGCCCAACUCCCCCUGGCCUUAGCACCACACCAUUUCAGUGUUAUUUGAAAGAAAAAAUUAAUUAGACAAACUGCUGCUUUUAAGUAAACUCUCAACUUGCACUUUGCAGCCCCACAAACUGCGCCCGUAAAAUUGAGAUCAACUCAGACCCAGGCACUAAUUUCCCCCUGGCCUGAUCCUGCCCUGUCCCUUACCUUACCCCACAGGCAGGCACUGACGAGGGAGCCUGGAGAGCUGGGCCCCCGCCACAGUGCUCAUAAUACCAGUUUGCUCAUCAAAAUAGAGCGUGAUUCAUCAAAGGCUUUUGAUGCAGCUACGAAGGAGGCACGGGAGGGCAGAGCACAGGGGUGGGGAAUACUGAAAAUAUCACAGUCAGGAGUAAAAGCCUGCAGAGAGCUGGGAGAGGUUCCCCACCAGCAGAAAAUGAGCCAGGACCAGCCAUGGACUUGCCCGACAUGGUGUUGCAAAGUUGUCCCUUGUGUUCCCAUGUACUGCGAGUCCCUGGAUGGGGGAAGACUGAGUCCCCACAUUGCAUCUCUUCUGGGGAGAAGCUGGGCUCUGAGCCCACGUCCCCGGCUCUCCCGGUAGCCAUGUAGGUGAUGGCUACAAAAGUAGUAUUUUGACUAUCUAGAAGCGACCAGACCUGUAAAGGAGGUGGGAGGAUAUGGCUGGGAGCAAAAGGCUCGAAGGCUGAUCCUUAAAUUCACCCUGAGAAAUGCUAGUGUUGAACGAUGCCCCAAGCCUCUGCUCCUUUUCCCCCUGGUGAGAAACCCUUUGUGGUGAGAUGCGAUGAACCCCCUGCCCAGCUGCUGAGAAAUAUCCCCCGGAGCCCUCCCGUCUCUUGACUGACACAAAAUGGUCUCUUGUCCCUUGGACAUGACACCUCCUGCAUCUCCACAUCUGGGCUGCGAGCUGUGGUGUUGAGUGGGGGGCUUGAACAGAGGAGCAGCAUGGAUGUGGGAGAGGGCAAGUGUGGGUGGGGAAGGGUUUGAUGGGGGUGCCCUGCCAUGGGCCACAUCCCUCGGUUUGGCUCCCCUUUCCUUAGGGAAAGCUCCCCUUAACUUCAGCAGGGCUGAUUGUCAGAGCAGGAAUUGCCAAUAAAAUCCUCAGAUUUAACCCCAGAAUUCCCCAUCUCGGCAGCGCUGAUGCCGUUUAACCCGCUCAGGCACUCGUCUUGCUCUGCCUGUCAAGGGACAGCCUCUCCCAACGCGAGGAAGACCCAGCAGUAUGGGAUUAGCCGUAUGGAUCAAUCCCAGUUCCCACGUGAGCCUGCUGGGAAGCUGGCAGGGAGGCUCCGUGCCUCCCGUUUCACCGAACUCCUGCUGCAGGCAGGCAGGGCAGGGCAGAGCAGGCAGGGCAAGCAAGAAGCAGCGGAGCAAUAGGACACAUGGAAUAGCUCAUCCGCAACCCCUGAGGAAACAGGGUUGACCAAAGGAGGCAGGGAGACAUGGUGUACUGCAGGUGACCAGGAAAUUCCUGAUGCUUGGUGCUCACCGAGAGCUCUCCUUUCCGAUGCGGACCCUCUGAGAUGCAGAGAACCGGCUGCAAAACCUUUUGGCCAAAGCCUGGCAUCUCCGCCCAGGCAGAGAGCCCUUGCGACACCCGCGACGGGCAUUCCUUGGCAAGGCAGCUGGCGUUUGGGCUAGAGCAAGUUCAGAAGAAAGUCUUGUAAAAAUUCAGAGCAACAUUUAAGCAGUCACCUGGGUAGAAUUUAUUGUGGAGUGUUAUUAAUAUAGAUGCGAUCACAAUACUGUUUGUAUGUGAAGAGAAAUGGCGUUUAUCUGGAUAAUUUAGAAAGAGUAAUAAGCCUUUGUGAGAAAGAGAGGGCUGUCGGAGCUGCUGUUACCUGUUACGGUGGUUGAAGGGCUGCAGAGUCGGCUGCGGGGGCCCAGCUGGGGCUCGGGCAGAGCCAAGGAGUCCCACCAGCACGUGGUGGCAGGGAAGGGGCUCUGGGACAUGUGGGGCUGGCUCGUCCCUCGGGUCUGUGACUGUCCCAAUUCUGCAAAGCUGACCUGAUCCUGCUGGGAACUGGAGAGGAGCAGAGUGCCGCUAGAAGACUGGGUCCCUUCUUUUCGUGCACUAGUUGCUUAGUGCGUAUCACGUGAAACUGUGGUAAUUCCGGUAGGGCACCAUUGGUGUGUGGCAGGUCAGGACUGUCCCUGUAGCCUCCCACUUCCCUGUCACCUCGCAGCAACUUUGCUAUGCUUGGGGUUGGCAGCAGUCAGUCAACCCGUGCUACUAUCAGGAUCGAUGCCUUUGCAUGGCAAAGCGCUCGACAAUCACACAACUCAAGCCUUGCCUGCCCUGUGGACAAGCCACAUCUGCAGAGCAGAUGCACAGCUGGGAGCCUCAGGGGUGCGGGUAGCAAGGCUCACCCCCAUUUCCUCGCACCUUUACGUUCUUACACCACUCUCUCCCCUUCGGCCAUCCUAGCACAUCCUCACUCUUUAUAUUCUGCUUAAGGAAAUUCCCAGCCCCUGAUAACACAAGCCCAUUUCACACACUCAGCUCCAACGCAAGUCGGCAGGACCAUAACCUCCCAGCAUUGCCCAUUGCUCAAAGACAUCACGAUCCAGCUCUUCCAGGGAUCUCAACUGCCUCAGCUCCACUGAAGCUGUCUCAAUACCAGGGAUGGGGCUGAUCCACAGGUAGCGUCUCCCCAGUGAGAUGUCUACACCGGAGCUCAUUGCUCAGGUUUCUCGUGUAGCUGGUGGAGGAGUAACCUGUAUAGUCAGUGCGGGCUGUAGACACCCAUUUCUGGUCUGACCAUGGCACACCUUGCUCUUCCUAACUCUCUCCAGGCAGUGCCACGAGGCAGGCAAGCCCAUGGUGGCACCGAGAGCCCCAAUCUCAUGAUACAGCCAUUCCUGCAAGGCCAGCUCUGCUGGCAGGCCAACAUCCUCAGUGCCUUUGCUUGAGGGACUCAGCCACAUUUGAGGACGACCAUCUUUAUUUUAGGUGCAUUCAUCUCUUUUUUACCCAGGUGACCUAUGAAAUCCAACACAAGUGACACUAACUCCUUGGUUGGUCUGGGCUGGGUUAGCUCUGCUGGAAUUGGUUGUGCCAUACUAAUUAACACUGGCUGUCUGACCCAUAUGCUGCGUACUCAAUAUUUUGUACAUAUGUGCCAAUUUCCAUAUACUCUUCCAAAAGUAGGCCAGUUACACAACCUGAAAUGCUCAAAUCCUCAUGUGGGCCGAUAUAAAAGUGAAUAUUUAAAUAUUUUAUCUAGCUUGGCAACCAUUAAAAAUACAAUCCAGGUCACAGAUGAUUGAAUUUCUCCUCUCUCAAGUGUACCAGAAGUGGGCUGAGGAGAUUCUCCUGUACGUUAAGGUAUCGUGCUCCAUGUUAAAAUAUAGCAGUGGCAUUUCAUUGCCAACAGAUAAUCACAGAGUGCCAAACAUUUAACGAGCCCAACCAAUCUCCUGAGAGAUCCUCUUUCUAUUUUAUCUGCUUUCUCCUACUUGCCAGUUUACGGGCAUAGAUUAAAAAUAAUAAAUAAGACUGCCAACAGGGGGAAGUAUAUCCUGCAUGUGUACAAAUGAAUUGGGCCAGAGUCAGUGGAAGAGUAAAUAAGCCAGCUUGGUUCUGCUUAGAGAUAUUAAUGGAAGGCUAUAGUUCUUGAGGUCCAUCAGGAACCUCUUAGGACACCUCUGAUUCAUCCGAAAAGGGACAUUAUGGGGACCAUGGUGCCCAUGGUACACCAGUCAUUGCCUGUGAGGGCUACAUCAGGCGCGAAGUCUGGUCUCGCUUAAGUUUCAUGAAAGUUGGUGGAAGUCUGGCAGCGUUCAUGUUCCAGUGUUGCACCCUCAAGUGUCUCCUUGAUUUUGAGUGAACUUUGGAGCUGGCUGUUGACACUGGUGGCUCUUAGAGGAUCAGUGUCCUGAAGGAAGAAGGGGUUGGGUAGUUUCUAACUUUCCACCCUGGGCAGAGACCUAGGGAGGAGCAAGCAUCACAUCCUACAAGACCUCCUGCUUUUGCAGCUAUUUUAUCCCAGGAAGGUUUUAUUCUGGUGACAAACAUAAGGCUGAACGCAGCUUCUCCAGAGCGCUCCCUUCAUGUAAGAGCCCUCAAAUUUCCUCCCACCAAUUUUUCCAUCUCUAUCUCCCUUUCAAGACACCCAACAGCCUGAACAGAAGCUUUGCAGACUCCCCUGGGAACAGAGCCUGAAUUAACACCUCAGCUUGAACGAUAAAUGGAAGUUUCACUUGGAGGGAGGCAGGUCGUAGCACUGGAGGUAGUAUUUUGGAGGGUGCUUUCCGGAGGUGCGUGGCUGGCAGGAGCACCAUGCCAUUUCCUUGUGGGUGGACCAUGGAGGGCCAUGAGAAGUGCUCCCCAUUGUGGGAUGCUGGCAAGGGGAGCAUAGGCUGUUCCUUUCACCACAAUUCCUAUUUUCCUGUAGUAGUAGUAGUAGUUGUUGUUGUUAUUUAGGGUAAGGAUUUUUCGGGUGGCAUGUCACUUUACAGAUAAAAAAUAAAAGUAAGGGCAAGGACUCUGUCCUGAGGAGUUUACAGUUUACAGCAAAGACCAUAUAACCUGCACUGCACUUUAGAAGACUCAAAUGCUCACUCACCCAUGAAUUUACCCUCAACUGGGCAGCAGCACCUUGAGGACUGUUGUCCCUUCCUUCGGUGACCCCACGACCAGCACCACGACCGCAUCCCCCCCGCUGAUGCCAGCGGUGGGGCUCUCCUGCCACUCCGCUAUCCCCACGCAGAAGUGCCUGAGCAAAGUACGGGAGUGCCAGGACAUGCUGGUUUUGUCUCCGAAUAGGUCGCCAUGCCCUUGGGUGGGCCUUUCCCAGUCUCCAGACAGCUGUGCUCCUCUGGGAUGACCACACGUGUGAUAAGAAACAUGCCCAGGUGCACUGUUGCGGCUACCUGCCGACAGUUAGAGCUGCCCAUGCAAUUCAUGUGAUGGCCUCUAAGCUCAUAGAAAUUGUCCUCCCUGAGGCACUUACACCCAAGCCUAGACUUUGAAGUAUUUCAAUCUUUGAGAGUCAAAGGCUGGGGGUGUUUUUUUGUGAAUCUGAUCUUCCUUUAACAAACCCCAGGUUGUCGAGGAUCACUCCCUCAAGCUCCACUUUCUCCAGGUGAGAAUUGUGCCUGCAUUUUUCUAGGGGCGGGAAGGAAAAAACCACAGUCAAGAACUUCAGUGAGGGGUUUGCCCCAAAGCCUUCAAUACCGUGCCCACAGGCAGGGUGGGAGGAGGACACUACGACGUUCCCAAAGGAGAACGCUAUCCUGGUGUUGUCACUAGUGCUCUUGCUGCAGGAAAUCCCCAGGCAAGACCUGGAUGGGGCAUGCUUGUCCUCGGUGUCCCCUGAAGGCAAUGUUGAUGUGACAUUAUCAAUACUAAUGUCUGUCUUACAUUGGUACAGGGCCCUGAGGCCACAGACAUCUCCAUGGCACUAUAUGACGGUAGAUCACCGAUGCUUCGCCCUCCCAUGGGCAUCUCUCCUAAUAGAGAUCUUCCCCCAGGUGUCACCUUCCAGAGCAGCAGCCAGAGGUCCCUCUGUAGUCUUUUGCUUUUAGGAGGCUUAAAUCUGCCGUUGCCUAUUGUGUCUGGGGGCUUGUGAACCCAAGUGUGUGUGAAGCGAGCCUUUCCCUGCACACCUCUCCCACAGCAGCAAUGCCAGGGGACUGGGUUGGCCCUGGGGGACUUUCAGCCCAAUAGUAGUUCUAGCACUCAGCUGUGUAGAAAGUAUUAAGAAUGCAGAGAGGAGGAAACAAAAUAGAAAGAAAAUAGCCUGGCAUUUUAGGUUGGUUAUGCUCCCACCACUCCGAACAGGAAAAACCUCAGGUAGGUAAAACCCUGUGCAAAGCCACAAAGGGCAGCGAGGAGAAUAAACCUGUUCUCCGUGCAUGUGUUGGACUAAAGCACAAGGCACGGGAUUGAGUUGUGGCAGAAAGGAGUUGAAUCAGAUCUCAGGGAAAGCUUUCUCAAAGUAAGGAUGGAGAAACCCUGAAACAGGUCACAGAGGCUCUACCAUGAGAAGGCUUUGAGAAGCAGGGAGGCAAACAUCAGAGGAGCACUGUCUGUGACCCUGUGUUGGGCCAGGGGAUGGUGGAGGUUCUCACUGGGCAUCUCUUCAAACCUGGCAUGUUUGUAGUUCUGCCUCAUCCCCUCCUUCAGGCUUGCAGCACCACUACUUGUGGAUCCACCCUGGCAGGUUACAGCCCCGAAGCAUUGCCCAUCAGCCAGGGCAGCCUGCUUGUGUUCUCCCUUAUCUUUGUUGGCCCUUUUCUGAUUUUGGCGUUGACCCUCAAAUACAAUAAAGAUAAAACAUACUGCAGAAUAAAGACCUGAGAGGGAAUGAUGUGAACUAACUGCAGAAAACCAGGCUGCACAGCUGUUACUGCUGUAUUUCAAUAGUUAGAAGGCAGCAGCUCCAGCAACCUGCUCCUCCAGACCAUUCAUAGACCACAGACUGCAGCCUAUAAACCAUGCUGGUACAUUAAGGUGAACAAUUUAAAAGUUACCUUUUGACUUGGGGUAACUCAGUUGAGGAAUCUAAAACCAAACAACACCCCCCACCCCAAAUAAAACCCAAACAACUUACACAUGAUUUCCAGAAGGAAAACGUGUUCUGUCUCCUUCCCCUGGACCUUGAGGGAAAGUCAGACCCAGCAUCAUUUCCCAGCUAGCCACCAAAAAAUUGAGCUAUUAUUACCAUAACCACUUUCAAAAACCAGCAUUUAAGAACAGAGCAAGCAGCACACCAGCCCACAGUACAACAAGGAGGUACUUUUGUCCCUGAUGGCCCCACCCUAGCUCAAGUGUUUCAAAUCCCAUUGAUUUUCACCUGUUACUGGUGCUUGUGGAUGCCUGAUGCUUCAGCUGGGAACACUCACUCCUUAGAAAGUCACUUCUUGCUAUGAAAAAACCAAGCAACCAUAAAAAUCUUGCAUUAGACAUGAAGUAGGCUCUGAGCUCGAUGUACGUUGAGGAGUUGUUGAUAUCCCGCUGGCAGCGGGCGCAUCUUUGGCACAGUCCUGCCAGGUCUCCAAAAAUCAUACUGUUAUGAGCAUCAACCAUCACCCUUACCAAAAUUAUUUUUAUACUGGGAUGUUUCAGGUCUACCCUUAGUUCUGGCCAGUUUUCCACAAAUGGGGCCUCUCUUUGUGGUGCCUUUCAUCUCAGAUCAGAGCAGAUUAGGAAAAAGAGAGAAAAUACCCACCAGAAAGAAACCUUUUUCUCCGAAAUGCAUUUUAGGAGCAUUUCGGGGCUGAUGGCUCCUCAUCUUAAUAGACUUCCUUCAUUUUGGGGGCUGCUUGACUUGCCCGGGGCAAUCUGACACAGGAUAUCCCCGGCGUGAGUUUGGGUUGAUGCUAAAGCGUCGCUGGUGCUUUCCUCCCCUCCGCUUUCGGCUGUGCCGUGUCACGCGCGGGGCUCGGCUUCGGUGUUCCCGUCGGGAGAGCAGUGAGGCCGCAGCAGCGGGGCAGCUCCUUACUGACACAAGUGCCUUUUCUGGAGGUCCCUGUUGUAUCGCCGAGGAGCACGGGGGGGCUUCACGGGGAGGGUGGGCUCGUCGAGCUGGGGAAGGGCAGAACAUUUCCAAGCAUUUCUGAUGCUCAGCCUGUCCUCACCUGGGUGGAAACCUGGACCUGCCCAGACCCCGAGGUAUCCGCUGGGAUUCCUCCUUCUUUACGCACGGGCUGUUACCCCCGCAGCUGCGCAGGGGGAGUUUUGGGAGCAGCUUUUACUCCGAUCUUGGCCGACCCAAGGGAAACGUGCUCCGGCAACCGCACGUCUCCGGGUGCACGUGCAAACGUUGCACCUUUGGCAAGGGGACGGUCCCCGAGACGACACGGUGGGCAUGCAGGGAGGGGACAAAUCCUGUCACCGCUUCGCUGUGGGACAUGCACACGCUGGUGGCUUUGCUCCAGGGUACGUGCAUUGCUGCCACUGUGGGACAAGCAUUCGGGCUGGAGACCCUUCCUCCUCCUCCUCCUCGUCCUGUCCCAGCCCGGGGCCGUCGGAGCAAUGCCAGCUGCUGCGGCAGGACAGGAGCCAUCUCGCUGCCAGGUUUCCAUCGCCUUCGGAGCGAGUAGGAGCACAAGCACCUCCAGGUGAGGCCAGGCGCUGCAGGAGCAUUAUUUUGGGGGGCAUUGAAGGCAGGAGAGGAUCAUCUCCUGUGCCCCGCACCCGGCAGCCUGGGGAUCAAGGCUAGUCCAAGCUGGGCUGGGAGCACCUCAGACACCCCAAAAACCCUUCUGCACUACCCAAACUCAGCAGCUACAAGCUAGGGAGACCUCCCAGAGCACUGGGGCAACCGAUCCUCCUAAAAUAGAGCACCUGUGAGCGGCCAGCUUGAGCCGAGCAUUUUAAAAGCAAUUUUUUCCCCCUUUUGGCGCUGGCUGAUCAUACGUACAGCCUGGAGCCAGGGCUGGGGCUGGUCCUUAUGGAGGUUGGCUCUGGCUCUGCAGGGGUAGCACAGCGGGGACAGAGAGGUGCCAGCCUGCUGGCACCUUGCGGUUGGCUUCCCAGAGUGCUCAAGGCUCAUUCUUUUAAUACCGGCAGAAGUAUUACCUGUAUUUCCUUCGACUUGCCGUUUGAUAGAAGCAGCUGACAGGAGACAGGCGUCUCUCCCAUGGGAGGGUCACCCAUUACAGGCCAUAACUUGAUUUCCAUUAUUAUAUAGUUGACAUUAAAAAAGGAGAUGUUCACUGUCUAAUGGGGUCUUUUAGCCAUGUGCACUUAGUCAAUAGAUGAGUAGAUGUUGCUGCUUGUAUCUAUCUACCGUACCCAGUUGCUACGUGUGAACAAGUGUAUUUCUCCCCAGUGUUGUGGGUUCUGCCUGUCGUGACACGAUGACGGAAAGGUAGGGACUACGUCGGUCGCAACACAAGCUUUCUUCUGUACAGUGUAGAGAGGAAACCUGGAACGAUCUGAAGCACCGCUUGUAACUACAUUUGUUCAAAAAAUGUCAUCUUAAUCCCAAACUGUUGACACUUUAUGCAUGUGCUAAUUAAAAAAAAAAAAAAUAAUAAAGAUUUUAAGAGGUUAAA